UUGUGUUUGUGUGGAAAAUGCGCUAGUCUUCAAUGAGGAUGCCAAGCAUAGCAGAAGACGACGUCCCUUGACAAUGCUUCCGUGUUCAUCACAUCGCCUCGGUCCAUGAGCACGUUUCGGCACAGACGGCGGAGAACGAAAUGAAGAGGAUUAUCCAGCGAAAUAUAAGCGGUGUGUGUUUGGGUUGGGAAAAGCGUGAGUCAUGGUCGCCAUAGAGGUGAACGGGUAGCUCUGCUGCUUCACUUCCUGGUGUGAAGAGGCUCCAGCGCAAAUGUCAGUACUAUCGACCCGAAUCACUCGACUACGACACCACCAUGCUUCUACGUCUCUCCACGUUUCAAUCGCGUGCCUCGGCGGGCGGGUCUGCCCAUGGGGUAGUGCUCGACUAUGGAAGUCGUUGUCUGUCAGUCGGAGGACAAGCGGGUCCUACACUUCCAACGCGACUGCGCGGCUCAUCCUUCAAGACAAGAGGAGGAAUGCAUCCGACAAACCAUCGGACGACACUCACAUCACUGGGUCACAAGCUGUGCUCGUUUCAAGUCCGACCACACCACUCACGCCGCAGGAGCCAGAAGCGAGCAUGUGGGUAUGGAACACAACAUGCCACUGUUUGUCACUGGAAUUGCCUCGUUUGUAACUGUGCCACGGGGUCGCGGGGUGGAACUCGGAGAAGACAGGGCCCUUCUUUGUGGAGAUGCAAUCCUUUGUCCCUUUUCACGGAGAUGGGGGGACCACACACUCUGCUCACCUCACGUCCGUGUUUUUAGGGGAGAGUGCGUGUAUUGACUAUGGGGUAGGCUGGGCGAAGUUGGCCGUACUUUCCUCUUGCGAGGCACAGCUUUGCAGGUGUGUGGUUUUU